AUGAUCAUGAUCUACACUGCGUUGGACGCCGGCGUAGCAUCCGGCCCAUAUCUACUUCACCCAUCGAAGGCUAUCACCAGAGUCUACCGGUUGUAUUGGGAUCACAACUUCGCUUUUGUGGAGUCGGUCACUGAAGGUCAGAAUGGGACUUUCCUUCCUGUCACAGGUCUGGCGUUGACAGAUGCCUACGGAGCUCUUAGUAUCGCAGUGCCUUCACGAUUAUAUUAUCCAGCACCCACAGAAGACAAGCCUUUGUCGGGUAAACGCCUGGGCGUAAAGGAUAUUUACGACCUGAAGGGUAUUCGUACCAGUGGUGGGAACAGAGCCUACCGAGAUCUUGUGGAUCCUGCUCCAGAGAGCGCUGCAGCUUUACAACAGCUUAUCGAGAUGGGUGCGGUGGUGAUUGGAAAGACCAAGACUACUCAAUUUGCGCUUGGGGAACGACCAACAGCCGACUACGUGGAUCAGCUAGCGCCAUUCAACCCUAGAGGAGAUGGUUACCAGCACCCCCAAGGGUCAUCAGCCGGUUCGGGAGCUGGGCUUGCGUCGUACGACUGGAUGGAUAUCGCAACCGCCUCUGAUACUGGGGGUUCUGUCCGCUUACCAGCCAUGGCGAACGGCCUAUUCGGUAUGCGUAUCACCAACGCCUCACUGCCACUCAAAGGAAUCUUGCCUAUCUCGGCAAUUUUUGAUACGCCGGGCGUGUUGGCUAGGUCGGCGAAGCUCCUCCAAGCAGUGCAUAGGAAAUGGUACCCAGCUAAGGCAUACACAUCCUACCCUAAGCGCAGUAUCUUGCCUGAUCUGUUUUGGCCUACAGUCAACAGCACGAGUAUGCCUAUGUUUGAUGUGUUCAUCUCACAGCUAGCUACUUUUCUUGACGCCAAUUUGACAACAUUCAACGCCAACGCCAGUUUCAAUGCAUACGCGAACAUCUCAGAAGGCAUAGCAUCCUAUCUCGGCUCUACAUACUCCAACAUUACCAACGUGGACCAGUACCGCGACCUAGGUCUACCCUUUAGAGAGCAGUAUAUUGCCAAGUUCGGCAAAGCCCCCUACUGGAAUCCACAAACACGAGCGCGAUGGAACCGGGCCGCCACUUUGCCGACCUCUAGCUAUACCACUGCUAUCGAGCGCACGCACACCUUCCAGACAUGGUUUCGAAAGACGCUAACGCCAUCAUGUGAGUCAAGUUUGGUGCUAUAUCCUAUGGGUGCCGGUACGGAAGACUACCGCGACAUCUACACAGCCGCUCCAGGUGGCAUAUUUGCUGCUGGACUUCCCGGAAACCAGAUGUCAGUUCUGGCUGCGCUACCCGACUACACAAUACCGAUUGGCGAAAGGUAA